AUGCAAUUCUCUACCCUUCUCAUUUCGGCCGCAGCCCUCAUUCCAUCCGCCCUCGGCUGCCUGAACAUUAGUAUAGUUUACACUUUGCCAUACCAUAGCUCCAGCAGCAAUCUUUUUGUUGAAUACAUAGACAAUGGACAACGAAAUUGCUACUUGAACCAGCAGAGUCCAACUAUCGGCGGCCCAGCGACUUAUAGUCUCCCCCCCCAAAGCUCUGGGGUUGGUCUCAACGAUACAUAUCAAGGCUGCUUGUUUGGCAUGAAGACCGUAAUCACGCUCGAUUUGGUGCAUGACAAGAAUAAGAAAGACAAAAAUCAGAUGGUGCAAUACACUUACAUUGAUCAGAACAACAACCCUAGCUCGUAUGGGCCUUUUGACCUUGGAGAUAGAAUAGUCACUGAUGCCAAGGGGGAUAAGGCAGAGACUUGGGUUUGGACAACUAGCGCUUUCUGUUAA